AUGAGCGUCGUGCCUCAGACCGGAAUAGUCCGCAAGUACUGCGAACUUGUCUCGGAGAACAUCGAGUACGGGGCAUCCGCCUUCUGGCAGGUGUGGCUGCAGCGAGAGUUUGUGCAGAACGACUACGAGCGCGAGACAUACGCCGUCACGAGCGAGAUGUCGCCGGACGGCAGCCUGAGGAGGGUCGACCACGUCGUGAAGCGAUACGAGCCAAACCAUCACAAUCUCUCGUCCAUGGUCUGGAACGAGUGCAAGCGUCCAAAGGGAAGCGCAAGAGCGGCCGAAGAUCAAGCUCUCGACGCCGCCAUUCGGUGCAUCGACAGGGAGAAGCUAAUAUAUAUAUAUACGUUGACAACUGUCGGCACCACGUUUCGCGUGUGGGAAGUCACCCGCCGGGACCGGAAGCCCAGGCCGUUUACACCAGAAACAACAACGGGCACGCCUUUCACACCGAGCGGGUUCGUGGAUGUUGACUCGGGGUUGGGAUAUUCCCUGCGGGACGCUAUCCAGUAUAUGAAGGAGAAGGUCCCGCUGGGAGAGGCGCCCAUCGUCCCAAGCCAACCUCACCUGCUACAGCAAAUGGUCCGGGUUUUACGCCGGAGACGACGGCCAGAGUAG